AUGACUUUCUCCCCCGGGCGUGUCGCGCUCUCCGUUGUUGCCCUUUCUACGGCUACUGGGGGUUUCAUCUUCGACUGGAAUCAUACUCACGUCUUCAACGAGCGCUGGCCACCACAUGCCAAGUUCCACGAUGGCCAAACCAUGUCUACCGGGUUUUUGUUGGGUUUAUCGGCGCUGUAUUAUCUCUUUCGGACGUGCAAUUCGCCAGCCAUGAAACGCGAUUCACUCCGGACAGCGACUUGGUUGUUAAGCCUGAACUGGAUAGCGCAACUAAGCGCCGCAUUAUACCCAGGCUCCCUGCCGGUCGAUCCCGAGUUUGGUGGCGGCUUCCCACAGGCUUACAUUUGCGCCUUUCUCUUUCUUUUAAUUGCAUCGGGGUUCAGCUUCGAGCACCGGAGGCUUCGCUUUGAGGAAAAGCGAGACUAG